AUAAAUAUACAGUACUUUUACUUCAUAACAUGUCAUUGUUAUUCGCACUUAUUAGAUUUAGUAAAAACUAGUUAAACACGUGUGAGAAUCAGCUGUUGAACCACAUUGUACUAUGUACAUAUAUAUAUACAAUCCUCGCACAUUUGAUGAAUGUAUUAUCCAUGCUGAAUGUAGUCAAUGUAUGUACAUAUAUAUGUAUAUGACAUAUACACAAAGUUUUUUUUAAAUUGAGCAUACCAAAUCGAUGAACCACCACAGUUUGAUCAGUUGCAAUCAGCUGUUACAGCAUUUAGAGAAAAGUACUUUUUAAAAACAUUUUUUACAAUAGAAAUAAUAGCAAACUUACAUGAAUAUGUAGUGCGUGCAGAAAAAUCAGUGUUAUCGAAGUUGCAUGAUUUUGUGCAUUUUGCAAAAUAAUCUCUAAAUCUAAUAUUCUACAGAAAGGUUAGGUUUGCCCAUGUUCGUUUGACAGCACACGAAGGUGAGAUCGGAUGACAAAUUAAAAUCACACAAAUAGAUCAAGAGUUAAUGAUAGAUUCUAGUAUACACAUAUAUAUGAGAAAAAUUUAACUUUCAAGGGAUAUUUGAAUAACUUUGUAUAUUGGAAGAUGCGAUGCGUAUGAAAUUCUACAGGAGAAUCUUGAGGAACAUAAUGGGUCAAACACUCAGCGAACCUGUGACAACUAGGAAGUCAGUAUGCUGCAGAGAUGCAAAUUAUCGAGUUGGCAGUGCUUGUAUGCAAGGAUGGCGUACUAAAAUGGAAGAUUGUCAUGUACAUAUACUUUCAUUACCAGAUGAUCCUAGUACUGCAUUCUUUGCAGUGUAUGAUGGUCACGGAGGUGCUGCAAUAGCACAGCAUGCUGGAAAACAUCUUCAUGAAUACAUAACUAAAAGAAGCGAGUAUAAGACUGGUAACAUUGUUCAAGCUAUACAACAAGGUUUUCUGGAAUUAGAUGAAGCUAUGUUAAAUGAUACAGUACUCAGAGAUGAACAAGCAGGCACCACUGUCAUAGCUCUUCUUAUUAAAGACAAUGUUAUAUAUAGUGCAAAUGCAGGUGAUAGUAGGGCAGUAGCAAGUAUUAAUGGUCACACGGUUCCCUUAAGUAGAGAUCAUAAACCUACAUUGAAAGAUGAACGUGAACGAAUCGAAGCUGCUGGUGGUUGGGUAGAAUUUAACAGAGUCAAUGGUCAACUUGCUUUAUCCCGAGCUCUUGGAGACUUUAUGUUCAAAAGAAAUGAACGUAAACCACCGCAAGAACAAAUUGUGACUGCUUUUCCUGAAAUUCAACAAUUUGAAGUAACAGAAGAUUGGGAAUUUGUUGUUUUGGCAUGUGACGGUAUCUGGGACGUUAUGACAAGUAACGAAGUUAUAAAUUUUGUAAGAACACGCUUAAUGCAACCUAAGCUUGGAACAGGACAGGAAAAUGAUACAACAGAUCCUGAAGAAAUUUGUGAAGAACUCGUGAAACACUGCCUUGCUCCAGAUACUCUAAUGGGUACUGGCUGUGACAAUAUGACAGUUAUAAUAGUUUGCUUUUUACAUGGGAAACCGUAUGCUCAUUUCAUUUCUCGAUUUAAGGAAAUGACAAUUUCGAACAAUGGACCAGAAGUGUCCAGAUAUAAGUAUUAUAACACAUAUAAUGUUAGUAAAAUGCAGUAGAUCCUCAUUCAAAGUCCAUAACGAUCCUGUAUAGAUGAAACAGCCGCGUUCGCCAGGGAACUUAAUCUGUCCGCGACUUUGUUCACUCCUUGGCGUACACUUUCCCUGACAUCGUGGAACUCCACAACUCCGGCGCUUCCACCGCUGAAACGCACUGUCAAAGAAAUUUUCGGAGCAGUGGGUGUAGAAUUUUCUGUGCCAAAGUAGUCUGCCGAUGAAAUGCUAGAUGAACCUUCGAAACGACGCAGAUUGCUUUUACGUUCCCACUAUAAUUGAAAUUACAAAAAUAUUAAUUUUAAGUAUACAUAGAAACAAAGAGAAGAUAAAAUUGUUAUUAGAUAAUUUCACAUACGGAAUCGUCAUCUUUGCUAUCUUGAAAAUACUGAUCUGAGCUGAUAGCCUUUGCACUACCAAAUUUCUUUUGUGCUUCGGACUCCGGUGUUGAUACUUUACUAUCACUUU